AUGUCAUCCGACGCAGCUUCUCAUCCCGAUGCUGGGCUCCUCCUGGAGCGCCAGCCGAUCCGCAAGGUCGACACUCAACAUUUGCGUCUCGGCCAUGCCCUCGCCUCUCACCAGCUCAACCACCGUCGGCACCACCACGAGCUUGCGAACAUGAAGCUAGCCAAGCGAGUGCUCGAAUCUCGCGAUGCUGCCAACUGCGCUGCCGGUGGACUGUAUCUCGCUCCAGCGGCAGAUGCUACCGUCCCAUCCGCCAAUAAGACGACAAUAUCGUGGGAUAACUCUUGCUUGGACAAGAGCAUUGACAAGAUUGACGUCUACGUGUACGCCCCUGGCUCUCAAAGCGCCUCACUUCCCAUCCACGCAUACGUUGGCAUUCCUGCCAACCGUGGCUCCUACGACAUCAAGCUGGCGCCCAAGUGGUGGAACGCUACGUCGAACGUGGACCUUCAGCUCAACAUUGUCAAGAGCGGCAAUGAGCCAUGGGACUCUUCAAACCCUUCAGGCCCCAUCUGGCAUGCGACCUACGCUGCUCCUCUAGACGGCUCUGCUCCUCCUGAUGAUGCCGUUCUUGGAGGCUCCGACUCCAAGAUUGACAGCGUCGUCAGCGUCUUCUACUCUGGUGGUUCCUUGACUGCUAGCGGUAAGACUGCCGCCAUCGUCUGCCCCAUCAUCGUCGUCCUGUGUGCUCUUGGUGUUUGGAUACGUAAACUGCACAUCAAUCGUAAUAACAAGACCGCCGACUGGGCCGACCACAUGGACAAGCGCAUGUCUCGUAUCUCGCUCGACUGGAAUUCUGGUGGCGAUGGCGCCCACGGACCUACGCCUGGCUCGCGACCCGCCUCAUUCAUGCGCCCACAAAGCACGUUCGCGCGACCAAGCAUGGGCGGUGAUUCGUUCUCGAACAACAUGGCCGGCCGUGGCGCUGGAGCGUAUGACGGCAUGGUCGACGAUGAACCUGAAAUGUCCGAGGCUUACGGUGGCUUCCGUCGCCCUCCAACAGAGGGCCGCGACAGCAUGAACAGGCAAUCUCGCAUCUCUUUCGCCGCCGACACCGCUGGUGACCGCAUUUCUCGCGUCUCUUACGGACCAUCGUCUGAGGGUCACAGCGCCGUUCGCGGUCACAAGCAAAGCUCUUCGAUGUCCCGCGUUCGCAGCUACUACGACCCCGAUGCGCCUGCCAUGCCCAAGCUCGACAACAGAUGGCAGGAGGGCAACCGUGAAUCUCGCUUCAACGCCGACGAGCCAACCGAGGAGGUCGACGAUAGCCACGACCUCACCUACAUGAGCCCAACCCAAAACCAAGGACCUACACCUAUCGGCAACGGCGACGUUGACACCAUGCGUGCCAGCCUGGAUGCCCAGCGCGCUCUUGGCGGCAACAGCCGCAACCAGCGAGCAUUGACACCUGCCGACGAUGAGGCUGACAACGACUUCCGCAACUCUGUGCUCAAGUACCCUGCUCUCUCCAUGGUCACCGGACGCGAAGGCAGCGACGGUCAUGACAUGUUUGGCCGUCCCGUUUCGGGACUGUCCGAGGGCGGCGAGAGUGCUUACGCCCCCGCUGAGCAAGGCCGUCAGGACGAGUAUAUCGACCACUCCCACUACGGUACUGCAGGCGCGCACGCCAUCUCGCCCGACCAUCCUGCUCGUCGAGGUGCUCCCUCCACCUCGGCGCAGACUGGCAUGGCGCCCGCUCGCAAUUUGACCUCGCCAGACGACGCUCUCCGUCAAUACGCCGCUCUUCGUGCCGCUCCAGGAGCUGCACCGAGCAACGGUGGCAUGAGGACACUGUACACUCCCGAUCCCACACCGCAGGAGCCUGCUCCUGCGGCCGGACGCCGAGGCAGCAGCAUCUACAUUGACGCCCCGGGAGCUCCUGGCCUUGGUCACCGUGUGCAAGGCAGCGUCAACACUGCAGGCUCAUCGCUCAACGAGGAUGAUGUGGUCGGCUACAACCAGAUGGAGCACUUCAACUCUGGCCGUUGA